AUGAUAUUCAACUCCGAGUAUCACAUAGAUAUCCCGAAUGAGGACAUACUUACCUUCCUGUUCAACCGGACACGGUUCCGGGGCAGCGAUCCGAUAUGGCUCGAUGCAGUGAAUCCAGACUUGCAUGUCACACUGUCCAAAGCCAGGGAGCUAACUCACCGUAUCGGUCAAGGGCUUCGAGACUUGGGCAUUGGCGCACAACAUGGUGCGGAGGACAUUGUUCUGUCAUUUAUCGAAAAUCAAGUCAUGGUUGCCCCGACGCUUUUGGGAGUCUUGUGCGCCGGAGGCAUUCACGCCACAUGUCCCAUGACAGCAACGACGUUUGAGCUCACCCGACAAAUCAAGCUCAGCAGUCCGAAGAUCCUUGUCUGCUCUCCACAGACGAGGAAAGUGGCCGAGGAGUCCAUUGCACAGUCGGGGCUUUCGAGCAUCCGACUCCUCGUUAUGAUGUCCGAGACCCUGGACAUCAGCGACGCCAGCGGCAAGUCUAUCGUCAGCGAUAGACAUCUGCAGUGGCGGAGAAUGACGGAUCAGACUGAACUCGAAACCACCACAGCGUGUUUAGUGUAUUCAAGUGGCACGACCGGUGUUCCGAAAGGUGUCCGAAUCACCCACUUCAACAUAGUAUCUAACUUAUGUCAAAUGGCGUUCCACUUCGACCACUUUGCGCUCAAGGCCAUCUCCGACGGCGAGUACCUCCGUAUGCCCGGCAUCAUGCAGAACGCUGUGGUGCUCGGCAUCACGGUGCAAACCAUGAUGGCCAUGCAGUGCGGCAUGCAGGUGUACAUGUUCGAGAAAUUUGACUUCAAUUACCUGAUCGAGUGUAUACACAACUACAAAUUAUCCGCCUUCUUCAUGGUUCCUGCCAUCUGGAAUAGGAUUUCAAACGAAGGCACCAAAGAGGAUCUGGCGAAUUUCCGGUUCUGCAUGAGUGGCGCAUCGCCGUUGCCGCAUGCUCUCCAGUUGAAGGUACAGAAAAUGCUGCCUCAGGGCGUGAUGCUGAGAGUCAAUUGGGGAAUGACAGAGACGACCACUGCGGCAGCACAGCCGGCGCCUACGGAGGUUGAUACUGAGGGAAGCUCGGGAAGGCUGUUACCGAAUCUGCAAGCUGUUAUUAUCGACAACGAGGAGAGGAAGCUGGGCGUCAAUCAGGCUGGCGAGUUGUGUGUCAGAGGCCCAAACAUCAUACGCGAAUACUUUAAGAAUCCAGAGGCCACGAAAGCUGCAUUCACCCCGGACGGAUGGUUCCGUACGGGUGACAUUGCAUCUUUCUCUCAGGACGGGAAGCUGUUCAUCGUGGGGCGAUCAAAGGAACUUCUCAAGUACAAGUCCCAUCAGAUCUCCCCGACAGAAGUCGAGGCCAUUCUAAGCCAGUGCCCAGGCGUGGCAGAUGUUGGAGUCAUUGGUGUACCCGACGGCAAUGGCAACGAUCUGCCGCGGGCGUACAUUGUCACCUCAGCCUCGGUAUCGGAAAAGGAUAUCCAUGAGUUCUUGAACCCAAAGGUCAGUGUAUACAAGAGGCUGCGCGGUGGUGUUGUCUUUGUCAAUGAGAUUCCACGGAACCAUAACGCGAAGAUCAUGCGGAACGUGCUGAAGGAGUGGGUGGAGAAGGAUGGAACAGGUAGCCCUAGAGCAAAGCUGUAA